UGCCUUUCAAAGCUGCUCUUUAUCCUGGUUUCCCUCACUUUAAAAGAUUCCUCGCCCUCUCUUUCCUUUUGCCCCUCCUCUUGCUUACUUGGUCUCUUCCCCUCCCCCACUUCCUAAUCGGUCCUCCCGUCCCCCCUUCUCUCAGACUGGCUGGAUUUCCCUCCACACUCCUUCCCUUCCUCCUCCUCCUCCCGGGCUCUUUCUUUCCUCUCCAGUCCCCUCCCCCAGCAUGCCUCCCGGCGUGCUUCCCUUCCCCCGGCCUCGCGGUCCUGCACCCUCCCCUCCCCCGCCUCCUGCCUUGUGACACAUCCUGGGCCCUCUCGGAGGCCGUAGCAGCGGCGCGGCGGCAUAGCUGGCCACCACCUCCUCCCUAGCCGCAACCCAGCUCAACCCGCGGCCCGCCGCGCUGUGCUGUUGCUGCAGUCAUGGCUGCUGACGGGGUGGACGAACGUUCGCCUCUGCUGUCAGCAUCCCAUUCGGGAAAUGUCACUCCCACAGCCCCGCCGUACUUGCAAGAAAGCAGCCCAAGAGCUGAACUCCCACCUCCGUAUACAGCCAUCGCCAGUCCAGGAACAAGCGGUAUUCCUGUCAUCAACUGUCGCGUGUGCCAAUCGCUCAUCAACCUGGAUGGUAAACUUCACCAGCAUGUGGUUAAGUGCACAGUUUGUAAUGAAGCUACGCCAAUCAAAACCCCCCCGACAGGGAAGAAAUAUGUUAGAUGCCCUUGUAAUUGUCUCCUCAUUUGUAAGGACACAUCUCGGCGAAUAGGAUGUCCUAGACCCAACUGUCGACGCAUAAUCAACCUUGGCCCCAUAAUGCUCAUUUCUGAAGAGCAACCGGCUCAACCUGCGCUGCCAGUCCAGCCGGAAGGUACCAGGGUAGUGUGCGGGCACUGCGGGAACACGUUCCUGUGGAUGGAACUGAGGUUCAACACUCUGGCAAAAUGCCCACACUGCAAAAAAAUCUCCUCGGUAGGUAGCGCCCUUCCCCGGAGACGCUGCUGUGCAUACGUCACCAUCGGAAUGAUAUGUAUUUUCAUUGGAGUUGGAUUAACUGUUGGCACACAAGAUUUUUCAAGGCGAUUUCAUGCAACCUAUGUGUCUUGGGCAAUUGCUUAUCUGUUAGGUUUGAUUUGCCUUAUCCGAGCUUGUUACUGGGGCGCAAUCAGAGUCAGUUAUCCAGAGCACGGCUUUGCUUAAGUCUUCUCAUGAACCCUUGAUGCAGGUGAGAGUGUCCAGUCAUCCUUGCGAAGCUCUUCUGGACACCUUCAAAUCAUUUAUCCUAAUGGAGUCCAUCCUGGUUUGUAUAGUAGUCUCAAGACUUCGUGAGUCCUUUCUGAUCAGAUGCUCACUGAAGUACAUGAUAUGCAAGUUCAUUUUGCUGCUAGGUUUUCAGACUUGGAAAAAUAAAGCUGUGUCUUUGUUCUUUCAAAUCAUAAAGGUAUUUUUGCAUUUGUCCUCAAAUGUUAUAUCUAAUAUCAGUCUUUCAUUAUGUUUCAACCAGUUGUUCCAUUACUUGUUGAUGUGGGACUAUUCCCGAGAAGUGUUUAUAAAUGUUUCUACAAUAGGUUCACAUUUAUACUUACAUUUUAAACAGAAUUGCUUGCUUUAAAAUCUAAGCAAUAUGCAUUUUUGCUUGAACUGCUUACUGUAAUUUUAACCUAAGAGUAUAGCUACCUUAUUCAGGAAAACAGAAAAUUGAGUGUACUUUGAAAAACUUGACAUUCUUGUCAGAGAAACAUUUCUAGAUACUAUAUGCUUGUUUUUUGUUGUUGUUGUUUGUAGAAAGAUACAAUAUUUUGGUAGUAAAUUAAAAUACUUAGGAUGAACAUAUAGUCCACAGUUGGAGAUGUUAGGUAAAUGCCUUUUCUCUAAGAUUACAGGACUUUUUGCCUUUCAGUUCUGUCUUUUUAUUUAGCAUUUACAAAAAUCUGGUCUGGAUUUAUGGAAUUUAAUGUUACUCUGCUGAAUGUAUUCCUUGAUGGACUGGAGGAAGUAUUUCAGACAACAUGUUUUAUAAUACUUCAUCAUCUCGUCAAAGACAUGUUGACACUGGGUUGCAGUCCUUUCAUUAGAUCAUGGUAAACUUUCUUCUUGAAAUAUGUGUACACCUGCUUCUCUGUGAAGAGAACUUACGACUUUUUGCAUUAGCUGAAAUGUUAGAAUUAGAGAUUCUCUUACCAUUUCCCACCUGGCCAGAUAAUGACUCAACUUCUUCAAGAGAAUGGAUCAGAGAUAAAGAGCUUCAUUGUUGUCUAAAACUUUGUGUGAGAUUCGUGGACUCAGCCCUUGCACUGCCCAGUUUUGCGGUUUAGAAGGAAUUCCUUGAGAGUCAGUGGUCUAAACUCUUUCACAUUGUAAAAUUAGACAAUGAGACACCCAGAGUACAUUAGUAGGUGAUUCCAAGGGACAAGACUAAUGUUCUAAAUUAUUUAUAUUCCUGAUUAAUAUGAAAAUGUACUUACUGCGAAGUUGGAGUCAACUACAUGUACACCUCAAAGAGAAAAUGAUAAAUGUAUAAAUGUAGUAGCUCAGGAUUAUAUGUACCUUUGAAAAUAUGCUAAUAAAGAUUAUUAUUCAAAAGUCA